UGCUGCUAGCAAUCGAACAAUAAACGACUACAAUUGACAAUCGACGUAGCACCGUAAAUGAUAUCGCAUCUAUUGAUCUUUCUGGACAGACAGCUCUCGUUGCUUUAUUGUAUGUAUUUGUGUAUUUGCAUCCGAAAAAAAUGGGCCGAAAAGAUGACGAAACUGAUUCGCCCGGCAAAUCAAAUGACAAUAACGGUGAUGAUUAUGAUGACGACGACAAGAUGAUGAUGAUGUCAAAUGAACAAGAUGAUACUGAUAUGGAUGAACAACAACAACAACAACAAUAUCAACAUCAAUCCGAAGGCAUGGAUGAUCAAAAUUAUGAUGAUGAUAAUGAAUCAGCUGCAACGGAAACCGAAAUGAAUGAUGCUGAUGAUCCAGAAUAUGAAGCUGAUUUACGAUCACAUGGUAAACGAAAAACACGUGCCGGUGGUAGUGGUAAAGAUUCAUCAUCAUCAUCAAGCAGGCGAAGUAAAAAGAAAAAACGUAAAAAAAGUCAACCGGAUUAUGAUCAAGAUUAUGAUGAUGAAGAUGAAGAUGUUGAUGAUGGUGGUGCGGUUGGAUAUGUUGAAGAAGAAUCAUAUCAAUCAACAUCAGGGAAAUCAAUAUCGACACGAAAAGAUAGUAAAAAAGAACGUGCACAAAAAAGUGUGUCAGAAAUCUGCUUUGAUCUCAACAUUGAAGAUAUCGACUAUGAAUUCACUGAAGCUGAUUAUCAAAAUUUGACAAGCUAUAAAAUAUUCUCUCAGCAUCUACGACCAUUGAUUGCAAAUAAAAAUCCGAAAAUACCGAUGAGUAAAAUGGUAGUAUUGAUUUCGGCCAAGUGGCGUGAAUUCUGUCAAAAUAAUUUAUUUCAACAACAACAACAGAAUUUGCCGAUGAUAAUACCCUCUGAUGAAAGUGGGGAUACGCGUGGAAAAUGUCGAAAAUCAAAAUCUGGUAAAGGUUUAGUACCAUCGAUUAAAAUAAAGAUUAGUAAUAUCGGUAAACGUAAACGUGCAAACAGUUCGGAAGAAGAAGAGGAUAGUCCUGGUGAGAUGAACAAAAGUGACGAAGAAUUUGAAGCCGCUUUAGAAGAAGCUCAAAUGCCAUCACCAUCAGCGAAAGAUAGAAAAAAAUCAAAGAAAAAAAUGAAAAAACGUAAAAAAACAAAAACGACCGAUAGUUUUCCAGGUCAUGAUUCUGAAGAGAAUGGCUAUGAAACUGACCAUCAAGAUUAUUGUGAAGUUUGCCAACAAGGCGGUGAAAUUAUUCUUUGCGAUACAUGUCCACGAGCCUAUCAUUUAGUUUGUUUGGAGCCUGAAUUAGAAGAAGCACCGGAAGGAAAAUGGAGCUGUCCACAUUGUGAAGGUGAAGGUAUUCAAGAUCAAGAAAAUGAUGACUCAAUAGAACAACCGACCAAUGAUCAUCAUAUGGAAUUCUGUCGUGUUUGUAAAGAUGGUGGUGAAUUACUUUGUUGUGAUGCAUGUCCAUUAGCCUAUCAUACAUAUUGCCUGAAUCCACCGUUAGAAGUUGUACCAGAUGGUGAAUGGCGUUGUCCACGUUGUUCUGUUGAACCAUUAAAAGGAAAAGUAGCCAAAAUUCUUCAUUGGCGUUGGGUGGAAAAGCCAAAGAAACCACCUCCAAAAAUCGUUGAAACAAAAACUGAAGACGAAACAGCAGAAACGCAACAACAAGAAAAACAGGAAGAACAAUCAUCGACAAAGAUGGAACCAGAACCAACGCCAUCGACAUCCAAAGCACCACCACUACUAUCAUCGGCUUCACAUCAUUUGCAAAAAGAGCGAGAGUUCUUUAUUAAAUGGCAUGAUAUGAGCUAUUGGCAUUGUAGUUGGAUUAGCGAACUUCAGCUUGAAGUAUAUCAUCCAUCUUUGUAUCGAAACUAUUGUCGUAAAAAUGAUAUGGAUGAGCCACCACCAUUGGACGAUGGAUCAAGUUAUGGUGAAGCCAUAUCAAUCAGAGGAGAAGGUAGUGAAACCAUUAAUAAUAGUAAACAACCCGAAGAAAUUACGGCAGCUACUGGUAUGAAGCGAAAAAAACUUAGACGAAAUGAUCGAAGUGACGUAAAUCUUGAGGAACGAUUUUAUCGAUACGGUAUACGGCCAGAUUGGCUCAACAUACAUCGAAUUAUUAAUCACAAAGUGUUACGUGAUGGCCGUUAUAUUUAUCUUGUAAAAUGGCGUGAUCUUCCCUAUGAUCAAAGCUCGUGGGAAUUUGAAGAAUCGAUUGAAUUUCAAAUUCCAGACAUGAAGAAAGCUAUUGAUGAUUAUUGGGAUUUAAGACAAGUAGCCGAAAUAGCUGCUGGUAAAUCCAAAAAUCAAAAACUUCGUGGUCGUAGUAAAAAAAGAAGUGAGAGUUCCAAAGAAGAAGCAGGUGAUGUCCAACAACUGCAACCUCGACGCUACAGUCCACCACCUGAAAAACCUAUUGUUGAUCCGAAAAAGAAAUAUGAACGACAACCUGAAUAUAUUGAUCAUACCGGAAUGGAACUCCAUCCAUAUCAGCUUGAAGGUAUCAAUUGGUUGCGAUAUUCAUGGGCUCAUAGAACCGAUACAAUUUUGGCUGAUGAAAUGGGCCUUGGUAAAACCAUUCAGACGAUCGUAUUUCUAUAUUCACUGUACAAAGAAGGUCAUUGUCGUGGUCCGUUUCUUGUUUCAGCACCAUUAUCUACUAUAAUCAAUUGGGAACGUGAAUUUGAAGUAUGGGCACCUGAUUUCUAUGUUGUCACAUACAUUGGGGAUAAAGAUAGCCGAGCUGUGAUUCGUGAACAUGAACUCAGCUUUGAAGAUGGUGCCGUACGUAGUGGAUCGAAAGCAUCUCGAAUGCGUAAAGAUAUUCCUAUCAAAUUUCAUGUAUUGCUCACAUCAUAUGAAUUGAAUUGUAUCGAUGCAGCUACAUUGAGUUCGAUUGAAUGGCAAAUAUUGGUCGUCGAUGAAGCACAUCGUCUAAAAAAUAAUCAAUCAAAAUAUUUUCGUGUAUUGAAUACGUACAAGAUUAAUUACAAACUACUAUUAACUGGUACACCAUUACAGAAUAAUCUCGAAGAAUUGUUUCAUCUUUUGAACUUUUUAAGUUCAGAAAAUUUCAAUGAUAUGCAAGGAUUUCUCAAUGAAUUCGCUGAUCUAUCUAAAGAAGAUCAGGUGAAAAAAUUACAUGAUCUACUUGGACCUCAUCUUCUUCGUCGUUUGAAAGCUGAUGUUCUUAAAGGCAUACCUGCUAAAAGCGAAUUCAUUGUUCGUGUUGAUUUGGCAUCGAUGCAGAAAAAAUAUUACAAAUAUAUUCUUACUAGAAAUUUCGAAGCACUUAAUGCCAAAGGUAGUGGACAUCAGGUUUCCCUCGUAAACAUUAUGAUGGAUUUGAAAAAAUGUUGCAAUCAUCCCUACCUGUUUCCUGGUGCGGCUGUUGAAGCACCCAAAUUACCAAAUGGCCUUUAUGAAAUAAAUGCCUUGACCAAAGCAUGUGGGAAACUUAUCUUAUUACAAAAAAUGUUGCGUAAACUAUAUGAACAAGGCCAUCGAGUAUUGAUUUUUUCACAAAUGACUAAAAUGUUGGAUAUUCUUGAAGAUUUUCUCGAAGGCGAAGGUUAUAAAUAUGAACGAAUUGAUGGCGGCAUUACCGGAUCACUUCGACAAGAAGCCAUUGAUCGUUUCAACGCUCCAGGAGCACAACAGUUUUGUUUCCUUUUGUCCACCCGUGCUGGUGGUCUUGGUAUCAAUUUGGCUACAGCCGAUACGGUCGUUAUUUAUGAUUCGGAUUGGAAUCCACACAAUGAUAUACAGGCAUUUAGCCGUGCUCAUCGUAUUGGUCAAUCAAACAAAGUGAUGAUCUAUCGAUUUGUCACUCGUGCAUCGGUUGAAGAACGUAUCACACAAGUGGCUAAAAAGAAAAUGAUGUUAACACAUUUGGUAGUGAGACCUGGUAUGGGUGGCCGUAGUGCUGCAAUGUCCAAACAAGAACUCGAUGAUAUUCUGCGAUUUGGCACUGAAGAUUUAUUCAAAGAUGAAGAAGGUGCUGAAGAUAGUACAAUUCAUUAUGAUGAUAAAGCUAUCGAAGAACUUCUUGAUCGAACAAAAGAAGGAAUCGAGCAGAAAGAGCUUUGGGCUAAUGAAUAUUUAAGUUCAUUUAAAGUGGCAUCUUAUGUUACAAAAGAUGCAGAGGAUGAGGAACCUGAAACCGAAAUCCUUAAACAAGAUAUUGAAAGUGCCGAUCCAGCCUAUUGGGAAAAACUUCUUCGUCAUCAUUAUGAACAGCAACAAGAAGAUCUCGCUCGAACAUUGGGCAAAGGUAAACGGCUCCGUAAACAGGUCAACUAUAAUGAUGCUAUGGGUGGUUCGCAAGAAGAUCAAAAUUGGCAAGAAAAUGUCUCAGAUUACAAUUCCGAUUUCUCUGUUCCUUCAGACGGUGAUGAAGAUGAUGAAUAUGAUGAGAACAGAGAAGAGAAAUUUAUGCGUCGUAAAUAUCGUGAUCGUAAUGAUAAAGAUCGUCCGUUACCGCCAUUAUUGGCCAGGGUUGGUGGCAAUAUUGAGGUCUUGGGAUUCAAUGCUCGACAACGAAAAGCAUUCCUGAACGCUAUUAUGCGUUACGGAAUGCCACCGCAAGAUGCAUUCAAUUCUCAAUGGCUUGUUCGUGAUCUUCGUGGUAAAUCAGAAAAGAAUUUUUGGGCCUAUGUUUCAUUAUUUAUGAGACAUUUAUGUGAACCUGGUCCUGACAACGCGGAAACGUUUGCCGACGGUGUUCCUCGAGAAGGUAUCUCUAGGCAGCAUGUUCUCACCCGUAUCGGUGUCAUGUCGUUGAUUCGGAAGAAAGUCCAAGAAUUUGAACAUAUCAAUGGAUUCAUUUCGAUGGAAUUGCCAGAAAUAAUGAUGCCUCCUCCACCUCCAAAUAACAAUGCUGAGGACCUUCAACAACCACAAACAAAUGGAAAACUCGAUGAUUCGAUAGACAAUCAGACAGAGGGCGCUAAGACUAAAGAAAUCAAAGAUGAAGCUGCCGAUGAUCAUGAUGUUGAUAAAGAUAAAAAAGUGACUGAAGAGAGAGCAGGGACUGAAAACGAAUCUGAAACCAUGAACAAAAAUGGUACCAGCGAUAAAGAAAAAGAUAAGGAAAAUAUUCCAACGGAUUUAUCCAGUGGUAUUAAACCACAGCAUCAAGCUGAUAUAAAAUCAUCGAAAAAAGAUAGUAAAGAUAAUGGAGUACCAAGAUUUAUGUUCAACAUUGCUGACGGUGGCUUCACCGAACUUCAUUCCUUAUGGACAAAUGAGGAAAAAGCUGCAUCCGGCCGUGAAUAUGAAAUCUGGCAUCGACGGCAUGAUUAUUGGCUUCUUGCCGGCAUCAUUAAACAUGGAUAUGGUCGCUGGCAAGAUAUACAAAAUGAUCCUGUCUUUGUUAUCAUAAAUGAGCCUUUCAAAAUGGAUGCUGGCAAAGGAAACUUUUUGGAAAUCAAAAACAAAUUUUUAGCACGGCGUUUCAAAUUGCUUGAACAAGCAUUGGUCAUUGAAGAGCAAUUACGUCGUGCUGCAUAUCUAAAUUUAACCCAAGAUAUUAACCAUCCUGUGAUGGCAUUGAAUACUCGAUUCGCCGAAUUGGAUAGUUAUGUUGAAUCACAUAAAGAUUUCGUUAAGGAUUGUAGCCAAAAACCAGUGAACGCUAUCUUGCAUAAAGUAUUGAAUCAAUUGGAAGAAUUACUUUCGGACAUGAAAUCCGAUGCUAGCCGAUUACCAAAUGCAUUGGUUCGAAUUCCGUCCGUUUCACAACGAUUACAGUUAUCGGAAAGAGGCAUCCUGUCUCGAUUGACCACACAGCCACAACCAUUUGUUGUCAAUAACCAUAUGGAUUUGGCUAAUCAAGGACCAGCAUUUAGUAAUCUAACUACGGCCGCCAAGUGAUGGUCAUUUCAAUAUAGGUUCUUUUUAUUAAUGAUAUCAAAAAAUCUAGGAAUUUCCUUUGAUUCCUUUUUGCAUUAACCAUUCAUCCCACUUGUUUGCAUAUGUCAAUUUGGUCUCACAUCCACUAUCAUUUAGUUUUAUAAUCAUCAUCAUCAUCAUCCCUCCAUUCAUUCAUUGUGACCAUCACCAUCAAUUACUAAUCAUCUUUGGUUUUUAACUAUAUAAUUCAUAAAUAUUCUUUAUUCUUGUACUAUGUAAAUUAUUAUCACAAUUACACAGACUCAGCUAAAAUACUUCUAUACGCAUUUUCAAAUGACAACUUCAACUUUCUUCUAACAAUUUGAUAUUUAAGAUUGUUUUAUUGAAAAAAAUGAUUUUUGUAGUCAUCAUUUUCAAAAUCUCAUCACACACACACACACACACAUUAUUAUAAUUUGUAAUUUGUUUUACACAAACGCCCAAAUUUACAUUUAUUGCAAGAAUGAUUAACGAUUUGUCAAAAUUUUAAAAAAUUUCCUAAAAAUUACUUAUAUCAA